CCGAGGAUUUGGAGGAAUCCAUCAGUUGGAUGCGAGCAGAGCCAGGCCCCACUCAACAAUGGGCCCCAUACCACUUUACAUCCUGCUUCAAGUGACGGUGCUGACUGUGGGGGUGUCUGUAGCAGCAGAGGAGAACUCCCUCAACGACCAGUACACCUGGCCACAAUGGAGGGUGCCACUGGUGAGGAGGAAGCGCACUGUGCCCCUCAGCAGCCCAAACUUCUCAGCUCACCCUGAACUGGAGCUAAGUGGGACCUGCGGGAUCGAGUGUCAGCGUCGCCUUCCUUCCCCUUCCAUGGAUGACUUGGAGCAGUUUCUCUCCUACGAGACAGUCUUCGAGAAUGGCACACGCACGUACACCUCAGUUUCUGUGCAUGGCCUCAAUGAGGUGACCGUCUGGUCCAAAAACGCCUCGUCUCGCUCCCGCCACAAACGAGAGGUGUACGGCACAGACACUCGCUUCACUAUUGCUGAUAAACAGUUCUCUACCAAAUAUCCGUUCUCCACCUCGGUGAAGAUCUCCACGGGAUGUUCUGGUGUUCUGGUUUCACCUAAGCAUGUGCUGACAGCCGCACAUUGCAUCCACGAUGGGAAGAACUACCUGGACGGAGUUCAGAAGCUACGUGUCGGCAUUCUGAAGGAGAAGAGCAGACGAGCAAAGGGAGGCAAAGGUAGAGGAGGGAAAGAAAAGGGCAAAAGAAAGAAAGAUGACCGAGCUAACGAGGAAGCACGGGAACCAGAGGAAGAUGGCGGGGGAAAGAAUCGUAAAGGAACGGGAAAAAACAGGAAGAGCCGGAGUCGUCGAAGUGUGGAAUCGAGGAAACCUUCCUUUAAGUGGACCAGAGUCAAACAGACCCAGGUUCCGAAGGGCUGGUUCAAGGGUGUCUCAGAAGGACUUGCUGCAGAUUAUGACUACGCUGUUCUCGAACUGAAGAAAGCCCCAAAAGUUAAGUACAUGGAUCUGGGCGUUAUCCCUUCAGUGAAGAAGCUCCCUGCCGGAAGGAUUCACUUCUCCAGCUUUGACGAUGACCGACCCGGUAACCUGGUGUACCGGUUCUGCUCCGUGUCGGAGGAAUCCAAUGACUUGUUGUAUCAGCACUGCGAUGCCAAGCCCGGCUCCAGUGGCUCCGGGGUUUACAUCCGUCUCAAAGAGCCAGGCAAGAAGAAGUGGAAGAGGAAGAUUAUUGGGGUUUUCUCGGGUCACCAGUGGGUGGACAUUAAUGGGAAUGGGAUGCAGCAGGAUUACAAUGUGGCUGUCAGGAUAACACCCCUCAAAUAUGCUCAGAUCUGCUACUGGGUCCACGGGGACUCGAGUAAGUGUCAGGUAGCCUGAGACGACACAAGAACUC